GGUGGUGGCGGCGGGGCCGGUGCGGAGCAGCCGCGGAGAGCGGGAUCGGCUCCAGCACCAGCGCCGGGGCAAUUUUAGUUGGACUUCGGUCGGCCCGGAUUUUAUCGGGAGCGGAUUUUAAAAGCGCCUCGCGUCCCUCUCCCUCUGCGGACGGGGCACCAUGUCGGAAGCGGAGCAGCAGCUGGCGGCCGGCGCUACCCAGAACGGGCACGAAGCGGCCGAGAGCGCCGGGGAGCAGCAGGCCGAGACCGGCGGGGCUCCGGCGGCGGCGGCAGCGGCGGGAGCGGCAGGAGCAGCGGGAGCGGCGGCGGCGGCGGCGGGAGCCGGCCCAGCGGCGGGAACAGCGGGCACGGCCGCCAGCCAGAAUGGGGCUGAGGGCGACCAAAUCAACGCCAGCAAGAACGAGGAGGAUGCGGGGAAGAUGUUUGUUGGUGGCCUCAGUUGGGAUACAAGCAAAAAAGACUUGAAAGAUUAUUUCGCCAGAUUUGGUGAGGUAACCGACUGUACGAUAAAGAUGGACCCUAACACAGGAAGAUCCAGAGGUUUUGGAUUUAUUCUCUUCAAAGAACCUGGGAGUGUUGAAAAGGUUCUGGAACAGAAAGAACACAGACUAGAUGGACGACUAAUUGAUCCCAAGAAGGCCAUGGCAAUGAAAAAGGAUCCAGUGAAGAAAAUAUUUGUUGGUGGACUAAACCCAGAAGCCACAGAAGAGAAAAUCAGGGAAUACUUUGGAGAGUUUGGAGAGAUUGAAGCAAUUGAACUGCCAAUGGAUCCAAAGACCAACAAAAGGAGGGGGUUUGUGUUCAUCACUUUUAAGGAAGAGGAUCCAGUGAAGAAGGUUUUGGAGAAGAAAUUCCAUAACGUCAGUGGAAGCAAGUGUGAGAUUAAGGUAGCACAGCCAAAAGAAGUGUACCAGCAGCAACAGUUCAGUAGUGGUGGAGGAAGAGGUAGCUAUGGAGGAAGAGGCAGAGGUGGAAGAGGCGGCGCUCAAAGUCAAAAUUGGAAUCAAGGUUAUGGCAAUUACUGGAACCAGGGUUAUGGGAAUCAAGGAUACGGCUAUCAGCAAGGUUAUGGUGGCUAUGGAGGCUAUGAUUAUUCAGGAUAUGGGUAUUAUGGAUAUGGACCAGGCUAUGAUUACAGUCAAGGCAGUGCAAAUUAUGGGAAGACACCAAGACGUGGUGGUCAUCAGAAUAACUACAAGCCAUAUUGAUCAAACUUAUUCAGGUUAAACUGAAACUGAUUUUGAGGGUCUGCUUAAAGCUGCAGCUCUGCAUCUAGGGACUGCCUCUUGGAGUUAACUAUGGACUCUGCAUUACUCCAGUUGUACAGAAUGAGAUGCAUCUUAGGGAACCAGUGUCACUUUCCACCUUUUUAUUUUGUAUUGUUUUUGUGUCAUACAUUUCCUGUAAUGGAAGUGUUAAUUUUACUGUACUUUUUGGUACCUUUUUGGAAUCUAAUGUAUUGUAAGGUAUUUUACAUGUGUUCUGAUUCACCAUGACAUGGAUAUUGACGCUAUCCUAGCUUUUGAAAUAAAAAAGGCGUAAUCUAGUGUCUUGUGCCAUUCUUCAGCUCAUGUGUUAGUAAAACACCAGUAUCCUGUUCCCAGAACUUAGUUCAUGGCAGUACCUUGACAGAUUAAGAGUUGUGCUUACAUGUUUUUAAUCUUAAAACUAGAAGGCUGUGUUGGUAGUUGUGCUCACUUGCAGUUAAGUGACAGCUAAAACCUGCUGUCAUUUCUGCCUGGAGGUUGUGGAGGAGAGCUCAGGUGAGAAGUCCCAGUUGUGGUGAGGCUGUGCUGGUGAGGUGGUGGAUCAUCCUCUAGGCAAGUAUACAGGCUUAGAGUAACUGUAGUGGUGUCUGCUUAGGGCUCUGCUAGGAGGAGCCAGAGCUGUAUGUAGGUUUCAGGUAGGGCUUGGGAGUCUGGACAGCAACUGCAGGAGAGGGGAGCCAAGAAGUGUGCAAGAAGCUGGCUGCACUUCCUUUAUAUUUCACUGUCUUGAGUCUGAGAUUUGUCUGCAAGUUGUUGAUAGGACGUAUAUAAAGUCAGGUUGGACAGACAUUAAGUUACUAAUGCAAAGUCUGAAUUUUUGCAGCCUUUUUGUCUAACAGAAAAGGCUAAAAGAACUUCCACUACAGUUGUGGGUGGAAAAAACAUCUUUCUCUAGAGAUGAGUGACCAGCUAGAAAUACUCUCCUUUUUUGACUUUACUGUUGGUUUACUGCUAUUUUAAGGCAAUAACUGUCAUGUGAUUUGCCUGCCUUGUGACAGAAUAUAAGUAGCGAGCUCUACUGCACAAAGUAAACGUCUAAUCUUCAUUGCAGUGAUCAAUUCAAUUUUUAAUCUCCUUUUAAAGCUAAAAUACGGCAAUUUUUUUUCUUGUACCAAAUUCUUUUUGAACAAGUAACACAGACAAGAAACAAACACAUGUUACUUGUGACCUUUCCAGUUUUUUUUAACAAGGGAUGCAGCUAUUUCUGCAUGGACUAUGAUCUGCUGCUCCCUGCUGGCUGUCCUUGAAAAGAAAAACCUGCUUGUAAAUU